GGUGCGCAGGAAUGAGCGGAGGCCCCCCCGGGCGGGCCGUGGCACAGAAGCCAUGGAGGCGAAGGGCCUGGACCCGUCCCAGACGGACCUCAAGCUGGUGGCCCACCCGCGCGCCAAGAGCAAAGUGUGGAAGUACUUUGGCUUCGACACCAACGCCGAGGGAUGCAUCCUGCAGUGGAAGAAGAUCUACUGUCGCAUCUGCAUGGCUCAGAUCGCCUACUCCGGAAACACCUCCAACCUCUCUUACCACCUGGAGAAGAACCACCCCGACGAGUUCUGUGAGUUCGUCAAGAGCAACACCGAGCAGAUGCGGGAAGCCUUCGCCACCGCCUUCUCGAAGCUGAAGCCCGAGGCCUCCCAGCUGGCCCCGCCCGACGCGCUGGCCGCCAAGGCCGGCCACGGCCACGAGAGCAAGCGUCAGCAGGAGCUGACGGCCGCCGUGCUCGGCCUCAUCUGCGAGGGCCUGUACCCCGCGUCCAUCGUGGACGAGCCCACCUUCAAGGUGCUGCUGAAGACGGCCGAGCCCCGGUACGAGCUGCCCAGCAGGAAGUUCGUGUGCUGCAAGGCCAUCCCCGAGAAGUACGGCGCCGUCCGCGAGGCCGUCCUCAAAGAGCUCGGCGACGCGUCCUGGUGCGGCAUCUCCACGGACAUGUGGAGGAGCGAGAACCAGAACCGGGCCUACGUCACCCUGGCCGCCCACUUCCUGGGCGGCGCGGCCCCCGGCUGCCUGUCCGUGGGCUCCCGCUGCCUGAAGACGUUCGAGGUCCCCGAGGAGAACGCGGCCGAGGCCAUCACCCGGGUGCUGUACGAGGCCUUCAUCGAGUGGGGCAUCAGCGCCAAGGUCUUCGGCGCCACCACGGACUGCGGCAGGGACGUCGUGAAGGCGUGCUCCCUGCUGGACAUCGCGGUGCAGAUGCCGUGCCUGGGCCACACGUUCAACGCGGGCAUCCAGCAGGCGCUGCAGCUGCCCAAGCUGGCCGCGCUGCUGGGCCGCUGCCGCAAGCUGGUGGAGUACUUCCAGCAGUCCACGGUGGCCAUGUACAUGCUGUACGAGAAGCAGAAGCAGCAGAACGUGGCGCACUGCAUGCUGGUCAGCAACCGCGUGGCCGGGUGGGGCAGCACGCUGGCCAUGCUGCAGCGCCUCAGGGAGCAGCAGUUCGUCAUCGCGGGCGUGCUCGUGGAAGACAGCAACAAUCACCACCUGAUGCUGGAGGCCGCCGAGUGGGCCACCAUCGAGGGCCUCGUGGACCUGCUGCAUCCCUUCAAGCAGGUGGCCGAGAUGCUGUCCGCCUCCAAGCACCCGACCAUCAGCAUGGUGAAGCCGCUGCUGCACAUGCUGCUCAACACCACCCUCAACAUCAAGGAGACAGACUGCAAGGAGGUGAGCAUGGCCAAGGAGGUGAUCGCCAAGGAGCUCGCCAAGACGUACCAGGAGACGCCGGAGAUCGACAUGUUCCUCAACGUGGCCACCUUCCUGGACCCCCGCUACAAGCGGCUGCCCUUCCUGUCGGCCUUCGAGCGGCAGCAGGUGGAGAACAGGGUGGUGGAGGAGGCCAAGGGCCUCCUGGACAAGCUCAAGGACGGCAGCGGGUACCGGCCGGCCGAGGACAAGAUGUACGCGCUCCCGGAGGAGCCGCCGGUCAAGAAGCUGGUGCUGGCGUCCCCGCCGCCGCCCGCCAGCGUCAUCAACAGCAUGCUGGCCGAGAUCUUCUGCCAGACAGGCGGCGUCGAGGACCCGGAGGAGUGGCACGCGCAGGUGGUGGAGGAGCUGAGCAACUUCAAGUCGCAGAAGGUGCUGGGCCUCAACGAAGACCCGCUCAAGUGGUGGUCGGACCGCCUGGCCCUGUUCCCCGUGCUGCCCAAGGUGCUGCAGAAAUACUGGUGCGUAGCGGCCACGCGCGUCUUCCCCGAGCGCCUCUUCGGCUCGUCGGCCAACGUGGUGAGCGCCAAGAGGAACCGCCUGGCCCCCGCGCACGUGGACGAGCAGAUCUUCCUGUACGAGAACGCGCGCAGCGGCGCCGAGCCCGAGCCCGAGGACGAGGACGAGGGCGAGUGGGGCCUGCACCACGAGCACGUGUGCGCCCUGGGCGACGCCGUGCACGCCGGCUUCUUCGGCAUCAGGGACGGCGGCUUCGUGUAGGCGCCCGGGCGGGGACGGGGGUCACCACGGAGCCGCCCCUUGCGGCGGGGCCCGCCGUGGAUGUCCGGGACGCGCGCGCAUGGGCGCACGGGCG